AUGCAUAAGCUGUCCAUGUCAACACUGAUUAGGAAACUUCAUCUCCCAGCCUCCAAACCUGGAGAGUAUACGAAUCCCAAGAAGAACCUGCCCGCGAAUUGUGCUAUAAUCGGCAUGGAGACGCCAUUACACGAACUAUCACUCCUGUCAGCAGCUUCUACCGGCGACGACACGGUGGUAAGCCUGCUCCUUGACGCAGGUGCCAAUAUCAACGAGAAAGAUAUUACAUCAGGGAAAACACCACUGGCAUUAGCCGUCGAGCGAGGCCACAAAUCCACCAUAGCACUAUUACUGGAUAGCGGCGCCAACCUCGAAUGCAAAGAUUAUCUCAGUCGUGCGCCGCUCUUUUACGCCAGACAGCCAAAUAUCGCUGAGCUUUUACUCGAUGAAGGUGCAGAUGUUGAUCCUCGAGAUAUGAACGGCCGAACACCUCUAUCAGUAGCAGCAGAAUUCGGGGAUGAAGAAAUAGCCAGACUCCUCCUAGAUCAUGGUGCCAACCCUACCAGCAAGGACCUGUUGAAUUGGACACCUCUAACAUGGGCCUUCGAACAAAACCAAACCCAUCUAGUCAAACUACUCCUUCAAAACGGCGCCGAUCCCGAACAACAAGAUACUUUCGGCCGAACACUAUUACUAGUAGCAGCCGAGACAAAACGAGAAUCAAUGGCCGACGUCCUCAUCACCCAAGGCUGCAAUCUAGAAGUUCACGACCACGAAAACCGAACCCCGCUCCUCUGGGCCGCACACAAUGAACACGAAGAAACGGCCAACCUCCUAAUCCGCAAGCAUGCCAACCUCGAAGCGCGCGAUGAAAACGGCCGAACAGCAUUAUUACUAGCCGCCGAAGCUCGACACGUCACCAUGGCACAGGUCCUAGUUAUAUCCGGUGCUAUACUCGACGUCCAAGAUGAAUAUGGACGAACACCAUUAUUAUGGAGUGUCCAGUACGGCGAAGAGGGGCUGAUAAGAUUAUUACUUGAAAAGGGUGCUUGUUUAGAGGUUGAAGAUGGGAAGUACGGGCGUACGGCGCUUUCUUGGGCUGCGAGGAGAAAUGAUGUUGCUGUUGUGAGGGUUUUACUUGAUUUUGGUGCUGAUAUUGAGGCGGAGGAUUAUAGUGGUCAGACUGCCUUGUCGGUGGCUGCGAGGGCGGGGAAUGGGGAUGUUGUUAGGCUUUUGUUGGAGAGAGGUGCUUGUGUGGAGGGGGAGGAUUGUUAUGGGAGGACUGCGGCGCAGUGGGCUUCUAGGGGUGGUUAUUCGGGGAUUACGAGACUUCUUGGUGGGUUAGGUGUUGGUAGGGAUAGGGAUGAUAGGUUGGAGAUGGGUGGGAUAGCUAGUAGGACGGUGGUAGCUGGUAAUUCGUAA